UCCUCCUUACAACAAGUCGUACUUAAUUUACUGCAUAAAAACGUAAUUUAACUCUAGAAAUAUUUAAAAUAAUGUUUUUUUUAAAUUAUGAAAUUAUGUGGCCAACGGACUAAAUAUUUUAUCGUUACUAUUGACACUACAGACAACAUUAUAAUAUUAACAGAUUAAAAUUCAGGUUCUAUAUUUUAUGAUUACGCACAGUCAAUGUUAGUAUAAAAAUAUAAUUUUUAAUAAAUUGUAUAUAUACGCAUUUUGUUCGUAUGUGUUACAAAUGUUUCUCGAACCACCGUAAUGAUAUGUAUAUUAGACCAUGGGUAUAAUAUAUAUAUACACAUUAUGUAGCAUUAGUGAACAGUGAACAUGGCACGAAAUAUACGGCGGUUUAUGUGGUUAGACUUAUUCUUGUAAUCACGGUACGUUGCAUUCGGUAACCCUCCGACUAAAAGAUACUCAUGUAAGCGUGAAGGGUCGUCGUCAGCAGAGACACGCGAAACAGUUGGUUUCCUGUUGAGGGUAGGGGGGGGGGACGUGAACAUCAAUGAAAACCCACGCGGGGUAGUACUCAUAAAUAUAUAAUAUUUUUUAAUGUACAAUAUAGUUGGGUUUGCGCCGGUGUAAAUUGUAUAAAUAAAGGGCGCGACGAAAUAGCAAUGAACGGCCGUGGUGGUGGCGGUUCGGUGAGACGCGUUAUAUAACGAUGAUAAAUAUAUAAAUAUUAUAUAGGUAGGUUAUUAUAAUAUGCAUAUGACAACGACGGUCUCUCAUCAGUCAUCCCGUAUCCGUUAUUCGUCACGUAUAGAGUUGAAUUAUAUUAUUUAAAGAAGCACACAGCACAAAAAAACAUUUUUCUUCAAGUUAUUAAAUGUCAAAUCGAUUCUAUAUUGGAACUAUUAAAAAAGAUUUGGUCAAAAUCCAACAUGAAAGAUUUAAGGAGAUUUGAGAUAUUUUGAAUAGCUGCGUGACGUCAACGGGCCGGGUUCACCAUAUAAUAUUGCUUUUAAUAUGUAUUAUAUAUAUAUAUAUAUAAAACACAUCACGUGCGUUCGACAAAAAUUCGAAAAUAUAUUGUAAAGAUAAUAUUAUGUAAGUUAGUGUAACGAGCAAUUUUUAUACGCAUAAGGUAGGUAAUUGUGGUGAGCCCUACUCUAUGACGUCACGCGACUUUUUUCGGCGUUCCCCAUAAAUCGUUGAACAAUUCCAGUAGAACCUAUGCCGUUUUUCAUAACACGAAACAGUCUUUAAAUUUUUUUUAAAACUUUUUAUUCGCGUUUUGUCAUCUCAUUCGAUUACAAUCGUGACCGCGGUAACCGCGUGUAUGGUAUUAUAAGGCGCGACGAUAUUGACGAUAUGCGAUACGCACGGCUAUCAUAUCUCUGUAGAAUAAUAUAAUAUCGUAUAUCAUCAUGCAGGCGUCGUGCAAUCCAUCAAGACGGUGUCGAGGAAAGACUCGCUGGCCGUGGCCGAGAUGGCGUUCGAAUACGCCAUUAACCACGGCCACUUCCGGAUCACGACGCUUCACAAGACGAACGUGAUGCGGCUGUCGGACGGGAUGUUCGUGAAGGCCUGCCGCGAGGUGAGCGCCUGCUACCCAGAAGUGGAGUACAAAGAGGAGAAGCUGGACUCGUUCUGCCUGCACGCGACCACCAAUCCUGGCCGGUACGACGUGCUGCUCACGACCAGCCUGUACGGCGCGUUCGUCAGCGCGGUGUGCGGCACCAUGUCGGGCGGCCUGGCCACCGUGCCCGCAGCCGCGUACGGCCCGAAGGCGGCCGUGUUCAGCACGGUCAGCGACUACGGCUAUAGCAACCACUGCCGCACCGAAGACGAUUGCAUUGUCGUCCGCAUGCCCUACGAACGGGAACCGAUCGUCAACCCGACGGGCAUGAUCAGAGCGGCCGCGUGGAUGUUGGACCACGCCGGCAUGGUGGUCGCCGGGCGGCGCAUCGCGGGGGCCCUAGAAACCGCGAUCCGGCAAGGCGUCCGCACCUUGGACAUGGGUGGCGACGCGUCCUGCGCGCAAUUCACCGAUGCCGUUAUCGAUAACAUGGAGUGUCCGAUUCCCAGUGACGGUGGUGGCGGCGGCGGCGACGAAGAGUGUUGCCACACGCCAUCGUAAGUCAUAUAACACGACUACGCGCCGCUGACCUUUGCGAAGGGUUAUCCGAAGAAUAUCAAAACGUUUUAUUUCCGCCAAAACUCAUCAGUAACGAUCCUCAUAAUGUGUUUUUUCGUCUUUUAUAUUAUAUUUUUUUCCGUGCGAUCGACCUCGGUCGCUUCAUUACCAAUGACU